AUGCUCACCAGAUUCACCAUCGCCACCAUUGGCCUUCUGGCCAGCAUGGUCUCUGGCACGCCUGUCUCCGGCAAUGACGUGGUUGUCAAGCGUGCCCCCAACUUUAACCUGGUCGGCUUCAACGCGGGCGACUGCACGGGCGGCGCCGAUUUCGACGCGUCAGUCACCCCCGGACAAUGCACGGAAUUCACUCAAGCCAAUCUCGGCGCCAUUGCCAUCACGGGUCAAGAGGAAUGCGUGCUCAAGUUUUGGGAGGACUCUGGAUGCACGGGCCAGGCCGUCACCUGGUUUGUCGCCGCGAACAGGCUCACUAACUACAUUCCCGUUGCCGACUACAACGGCGUCUUCACCCUCGGGAGCGGCGCGAGGAGCGUGAUAGCCAACUGCGCCACCAAUAUUGCCUAA